AUGCUGCAGCGGCAGCCUGCGUCUACCGCGAUUGUCAACACUCACUCCCCCUCUCUCAUCGGUCGUUCAGUCCCGCCUCGGCGGGAUCAGCAGAUGCCCUUUAGGAGCGGUCUUGGUGGGCUGCGAUGGUCAACGUCGUCACUCGUUGCCGCUGGAGUGUCCGAAGUCCGGGGCCCGCGAGGGCCUCGGCAUCGCUGGAGUCUGUGGACGGAUGGCCGUUGGCUACACCUGACACCUAGAUUCCCGGAGGAAGCUGCCCUAUGGGAUCCGCCGUUCGCCGGCGUCGUCCAUGGGGUCAGCCCCUCCACCCGAGGGCCAUAUGGCGCAGCCAAUCCCCGCCCGCGAGGGCGACCCGGGGUUGGAUCCCUGCGACCGGACUGGCGCUGA